AUGUUCUCCCCUAUGGACAAGAAACUGUCUGUCCUGAACGAAGACAAUGUCUCGUCGACAGAAGGGCAAGUCGAUGCCUACAACCGCUUGCCAGAAUCCCUUCGCACACUCAGCGACGAUGACUUGAACAAUCUCAACAAGAAGAUUGUCCGCAAGGUUGACUUGUUCGUCCUUCCAACCAUUGGCAUCCUGUAUAUCCUCAACUACAUCGAUCGCCAAAAUUUGGCAGCUGCUAAACUUCAGGGCAUCAUGGAAGACUUAAACAUGUCGAACGAGCAAUUCGCCACGGCUAUUUCCAUUCUCUUUGUCGGCUAUCUACCCUUCCAAAUUCCCAGCAACCUCAUCAUUACAAAGGUCUCCCGACCAGGCAUGUAUAUAUGUGGUGCUGUGGUGCUCUGGGGCUGUAUCUCGGCUUGUACAGCCGCGGUCACGACAUAUGGUCAACUCCUCGCUGUUCGAGCGAUUCUCGGAGCUGCCGAAGCUGUUUUCUUCCCCGGAGCCAUCUAUUACCUCUCUGCCUGGUACACAAAGAGGGAGCUAGGGAAGCGUAUUGCCGGGCUAUAUAUCGCCCAGCAAGUCGGUAAUGCCUUCGGCGGGCUUUUCGCCGCAGCUAUCCUACAACUUGAUGGGCACCACGGCAUCCGCGGCUGGCAGUGGCUAUUUAUCAUCGAGGGCAGCGCCACUGUCGGAAUUGGCAUUAUCUGCGCCUGCAUCAUGCCAGAGUUCCCCCACAAUAGCCGCGUCCUCUCCCAGCUUGAACGCGACUGCGCCGUGUGGCGUAUUGAGUCUGAAGCUGGUGCUGCAGAGGGCACAGAGGACGAGAGCGCGUUGAAAGGGUUUUCCAAAGCCCUUUCAGACCCAAAGCUGGUGCUCCUCAUCCUUUGCAACAUGCUAUCCCAAACCCAGGGCUCCAUCGCCAAUUACUUUCCCACCCUUGUGGGCUCGCUCAACUUCUCCAGCACUCUCAGCUUGCUUCUCACGGCACCUCUCCUAUUCUACUACGGUCUCAUGUUCUACUCCGACCGAAAGAAUACCGUCUACCCAAUCAUCCUCCUUUGUAUCGCCAUCUCGAUCCCGAUGUACAUCAUUCCCAUUGCGAGUACAAACGUUGGUGCCCGCUACUUUUCCAUGAUGAUUCUACCCUUCGCCUCCGUGGGUCCUCAGCUCCUCCUCUACAAAACCAUCAACCUGCACCUUGCACGACCCGUCUCGAAGCGAGCGGCUGCCUCAGCUUUAGUUAACGCAAUCGGUGGUACAUCCAAUAUCUGGACCUCGUACCUAUACUUCGGAGAGCCCCAUUUCUAUGCUGCAUUUGGCACGCUUAUGGGUGCUGCUAUUCUGUUCGGAUUCAUAAUUACUGUAUACCGAUGGCUCGUCCUGCGCGAGAACAAACGUCUGGACUCGGGCGACCCCUUGGAAAUAGCCAAGGUGAUCAAGGGUGGCGUCACAGAGGAAAUGGUACAGCUCAACUGGCGCUACGAGAUGUACUGA